AUGGAUACCUGUCGUCCUACUCGUGGUUUACUUCACGACUCGUGGAAUUCUAGUAUCACUGGAGCAAUACAUGCAGUCCCCCCUAUAGUCAUAGCUGUGCUGGUUAAUUUAAUGAUUUGUGUCCCGUUUGGAUUGUCGUUUUUUCCAUUGGAAUGGCAGGAUAUUCCCGUACCCCAUGCUUUUGGCAUCCAAAUGUUUUUAUUAUCCUCCACAAUCUGUCAAUUUACAUUUGUGUGGCUAAGUAACUUUGACGGCGCUAUUUGUCAAAUGAUGGUGGAAAAUGUUCCGUUCAUGCAUACAAUUUCAAUCUCAAUUAUUCAAGAAUUGGGACCUACGAAUCCUAGUGUGUUGCCAACUAUACUCGUCACAUAUGCCUUUUCGUCAAUUGUCUGUGGAGCACUUUUUUACAUCUUAGGACAUUGGAAACUUGGGAAUAUUGUUUAUUUAUUUCCAAAGCAUAUUAUUGUCGGAGCUGUUGGUGGGAUUGGGGCUUUUGUUAUGCAAAGUGGCAUUGAAAACUCGACGGGACGAGAAUUUCAUUGGACUUGGAAUGGGCUCCAAGGUCUGUGGAAGGACGAAAUUCUUUGGCUUUGGGUAACGUCUGCAAUUCUCGCUCUUGUGUUGUGGAUAUUGACACGCUAUAUCAAAUCGCCAUUGUUCCCUCCACUCUUUUUUGUGUCAAUUGCACCCUGUUUCUACAUUGUGUUGUUAUGUCUUGGCAUUUCCACCGACACAGCUCGAGCCCAUGGCUGGUUUUUUAGUCGUGCGCCCCAUGUUGCAUUUUAUUCCUUAUGGGAACAUUAUGACUUUUCACUUGUUGAGUGGCACGUAGUACCGAAACAAUUUGGUACUAUCGUCGGUCUUACCUUCUUCUCUUUAAUGCAUGUACCGAUAAACAUUCCGUCAUUAAGUCUUACAAUUGAUAAAGAAGUGGAUAUAAAUGAUGAAUUGGUUGCCCAUGGAGUGUCCAAUACACUUUGUGGAUUGAGUGGUACAGUCCAGAAUUAUCUAUGCUACUCGACUUCAGCUUUAUAUUACAAAUGUGGCGGUAGUGGCCGACGUAGUGGCUUUACUAUUGGUCUCAUUAUGCUCUUCUUUUUCUUUGUCGGACCUAAUGUUGUGUCGUAUCUUCCACGGUGUAUGGCUGGUUGUGUAAUGAUGCAUCUUGGCUCAGACCUACUUCGAGAAGCAUUAAUUGAUACAUACGAUCAAUUAGAUGCUCUUGAACUUGGUACAGUCUGGGCAAUUGCUGGUACUAUGACAUUUUGGGGUAUGAAUCAAGGUCUAGCUAUUGGUGCAUUACUUGCGUGUAUGACAUUUGUCAUGCAAAGUGCACGUACCCCAACAAAUGUACCAAUUCGUGGAAGUAUGAGUGCAGCAACACUUCGAAGUCAUGCUUGGCGAAUGACAAAUGAGUUGAAUAUAUUGGAUCGUGAGUGUCGAAAUAUUCAUGUUAUUCAACUUCAAGGUCAUCUUUUCUUUGGUAAUAUUAAUCAAGUGAGUGACUAUGUCCACGACUUGUUUCAAGACGGUCCAAGUUUGACGGACAGUGCAGUACAGUCACCUCUUCAAAGUGUAUUAAGCGACGAUGUUCGACCACGUCCUGAAUUAAAAUAUCUUGUACUUGAUUUUACACUAGUCGUUGGAUUAGAUUCGUCAGCUGCUGACCGAUUGACGAAGAUUGAAUUUGUAUGUGAUCUCCAUCAUUGCAAGGUUGUCUUUGCUGCCGUUCCAACUGCUUAUGUUAAAUUUACAGAACAUCUUCGUUCCGUCUUUGAGAAUACUACCAUGCUCUAUAUUGCACCUGAUCUCGAUCGAGCGCUUGAAUGGUGUGAAAAUGAUAUUUUAGGCAAACGUACUCAAGAUGAAGUUCCAUCUCAACCUUGUACAGUGGAUGAUAAAGAAUGUACCCACUUGCGAAUUCUCCGACGAUUUAUGCCGGAUCAACCACUUUCUGUACAACAAAAGUUGCUCUCUUAUUUUAGUAUCUCAACAAUCAAGAAAGAAGAAGUUUUGUGGCGACAAGGAGAUCCAUCGGAUCGUGCGUUGCUACUAGUAAAUGGAGCUUUGACUGCAGUCAUCGAAGAAGAAGCUGGUACAACGGAAAACGUUUCAAUUGGUUCUAUUGUCGGUGACUUGUGUUUUCUCACCGGUGAGAAACGCAAAACGUCGUUAAUUGCAACAGAAAAAAGUGUCGUCUACGUCUUGACGCGUCCCAACUUUAACAAGAUGCUUGAGAAAGAUUGUUACUUAGCAUUUCUCUUUCAAGGGAUUUCCUUACGCUAUACGUCGUUUAGAUUACAAUAUGUUGGGAAUCGAAUUUGGGAGACGAAAUGUCUUCCUAUUUGA